CCCACUUUACAACCAGUGGGGAGGUUUCAGUACGGCUAGAGUUUGGCCAAAGUUCCUGUCAACUAUAUAGUUUUACUUUAGCAGUCAACAUUGUAGGAAUAAACAUAGAUUGCGAUCUUAAACGCCUCUGUUGAGUGGACCAGGCCCGCGGUGGUUGCGUCUAUGUAGUGUUCCUCUUUCCCUGUAUGUGGUCUUCCUGAAAACACCUGCGUGGUUCAGGUAACUCACCGAUGAAGAGGGAAGUCCUUGGUGCUGAGCGGUGAAAAGAAUGUGUUCCAGUCGGGGUAUAUGCGGCAGUAGCAGCCGCCCCUCCAACAGGUCAUCCAGCUCAGAGGGCAGCGGGUCGGGGGCCCAUUAUGCCCUUUGCGCCCUGGGAGUGGGACUCAUCGCCCUGGGUAUUGUCAUGAUCGUGUGGACUGUGAUACCAAUGGACGGAGAGAACUCAGGCACUUCUACAGUGUCAUCAGGAAACACCACCACAGUACCCGCUGACAAUGAGGAGGAUGAAGAUGACAGGACAAAGUCAUCUUCGGUGGCGAUGGUGCUGGUUGGAGUCGGGGCGGCGAUGCUGCUGUUGUCGAUUUGUCUCGGAGUGAGAAACAAAAGAAGAGCACGCAACUCGACUAACCAGCAGCGAGCAGUAGGAGUCCCCUUUAUGGACCACGUGGCAGGAGAGGAGGGAGAGCCAGUUCCAGAUCCGACUACAUACAAUGUGCCAAGCUAUGAUGAAGUGGUUGGCAGCGGUAACUACCCUGUCCGUCAGAGCAACCUUCGCCAAAGCACCUCCCAGCUGCCAUCAUACGAGGACAUCAUAGCUGCUGUGGAAAACGAGGGGUCGGAGCCCACUAACCACCCCACAGAAGGCACCCCUCUCAAUGAAACCACACCAGCUGCCUCCCAACCUGAAGGUGAGCCUCAGGCCGGUGCUGCUGGCGUCGAGAGGAAUCCCACCCUGCCUGCUCGCAGCACCAGCCGAGCCAGCCGCCUACUGCGACCUCUACGGGUGCGGAGGAUCAAAUCAGACAAACUGCAUCUGAAGGACUUCCGCCUCCAAAUCCGCAGCCCCACACAGAAUCCAGUGACCAUUGAACCCAUCACUCCACCACCAGGGUAUGAAAAUAAGAUUCCUGAAUUAGCAUAGUGCCUCUCAUGUGUUCCGUCUUCCUGAUGAAUGACAAUAUCUCUGGGUUAAAUAGACUAAUAACAUUUCUGAAAACCCAUUUUCAAGGUUGGUAUUAAGUAGGUUAAAUGUGGCUGGGAGCUGGGAUGGAGGCUCUGCAGCUGCUCUACUGAAAAGAAAAUAUUUCAACUGAAUCUCUUGUUCUUUACCACUGAUGCGUAUGAUUAGUAUAUUUAUUCUGUAAUUAUACAAGAUACAUAAAACACUCAGAGUUAAGAUUUUUUUUAAACAUAAUACUGUAACUUAUGCCAAACAUAAGACAACCUCAUCAGUUUUAUUGAAUCAAAGUGUGAGUAAUGUGUGUUAAACAACAUGCAUGUUUUUCAAUUUCAUGGGAAUUUAUGCUUUAACUACCUUCACCAAUGAUUUGUAAAUUGUGGAAAUAUCAAAAGCUUGUGUGAUAAUCCGGGGGAAAAGGGAUGCCAAUUACUUAGGACAUUUUUAAGUGGUAUUAAGUGUAAGAUGUGUGGCCAAGUUAGGAUGUGUAACUCCAGGGAAAAUGCACUGAUGCCAAAAGAAAACAUGAUUUUAACUGUUUGUGAAAGCUAUGUGUAAGUUGUCCUUUUAAUCUGUUGAAGAAAAUGGUUUCAAACUGUCUUUUUGACUCCUCUGGUAGCAGAAGAAUAGCGUUUUGGAUAAUAAUGAUGAAAAAUAUUUAGAAAUGUGGAUGUCAUGUUAUGGGGAUGUGGCAUUAAAAAUGAAAUAGACUUUGCUUGUUAUGACUUUUAUACAUGUUUAAAAGUAAAAACAUCUUAAUAUGUGCUGUAAAUGCUAAAUGUGGUUAAUAAAUGCUUUUCUGUUUCAUGUAGCUUCAUGUUAAAAUUCUGUUUUUAUAAUUAAACCCUGAAGCACUGAUGGUGCUACAGUAUACUUAAACAUCCAAAUAAAGUAUGAUGGAGGCUGUG